AUGUUUCAACGACGUGGCACCUAUCUUCAGCGCCUAUCCAAACUGUACUCCGAUACGAAGCAGUCCUACGAAAGUGCAAAGGCCAACAAUGCCAAUGUUACCGACUUGCCGGAGGUGCGCGACCUGAGGCGGGAUUUUCAGAUUCAGCAGGAUAGAUUGCUGGCAUGGGGCAUGCAUUGGACCGAUGUUGGCGCUCCUUAUUCGGGCCAGGGCGAUGUCGACAUCGACAAGAAGAUCGACCAGGCUGGACUGGGCGAGGUGGUGGCCAGCGUCAUGUCCGAGAUCAAGCGUCUUCUCGAGGAAAGUGGUCGACUCGAACACCCCGAAAGGUACGAGAUGAAGCAGGCGGCAAAGUCUAUGCGAGGACCGGGGUCUAGUCCCGUUGCACCGCGCAAGGACUGGACGACAUACGAGGUCAAAACCGCGAGAGCCUUACUCGACCAGUUGACCUCUUGCAUCGAUCUGCUCUAUAGCCUGGAGGAGUCGAGGAUGGCCGACGAGAAGGGCGACACGAAACGGAUGAAGCAUGCCCACGACUCUUCGGACAGGACCGAGUAUGGCCACUUGUCCGACCACCCGCUCCAUAUCGACUUUGCCAGCCUCGAGUUCAGCUCCUAUUCGCACCAAGCGGCUGAUCCGCCGCCCUAUGACCCUGGCGAAGGUUCGGUCCCGUCCAGGUCUGAGAGAUCGAUCGCCUACUAUCGCACCGCUGGUCAGCAUGUCCUGGUUGACCACCUCUCAGCCGACUUUCCCCUGUAUGUGGUUGGAAGUGCCGACGAUGUGUUUGAGGUUCACGAGCUCGGCGAAAAGCUUUGCAAAAACCGGUCCCUCUCCUGGUGCGGCCAUCUUCGGCUCCUGGGUUUCACCGUCGACCCCAACGGACCACGCUAUGCCAUGGUUUACGCGCUGCCCGAUGGACAUGACCACAGUAGUCUGCAACAGCACCGGACGUUAGGGUCGUUGAUCGCCGCCAGCAAUAACCAGGAAGCAUCACAGCCGGCCUUGGAAGACAGGUUCCGGCUGGCAUACAAUCUAGCGCUUUCAGUCAUGGGCUACUUCUCCCACGGCGAAACACAUCAAUAUGUCAACAGCAGCAACAUCCUCCUCAUUGGAUCGAGCGAGAACAUGCAUCGUUCAAACCUGCCCAAGGAGUUGAGAUCGCCUUACCUGUUGCAAUCAUGUCAGGACUUUCUUUCAAGAUCCCAAGCAGAGGAGCCGUUUGCUGCGCAGAUCUACCGCCACCCCAACCAUGACAUCCAUGCUUCCGAAAUCGUCCCGGCUUAUGACAUCUACAGCUUAGGCUUGUUACUGCUGGAGAUCGGGCUCUGGAUCCCUCUUUCGAAACUGUGGAAGCCGAAGUAUGAUCGCAAGAUCUUCAUGAAUAGAGUCCAGCAGAUCUACUCUCAUAAGCUCGCUCCCAAAUGUGGCACCAAGUACAUGCGCCUUGUUCAGAAAUGUCUGCAAGCGCCUGCUGAGCUGCAGUUCAGAAAUAAUUAUGAGGACGCCGGGGCAUUUAUGCUACAAGUGGUGAAGGAUCUCCAGCAAUGCUGUGCGUUGGACGAGGAAGGACCGCCCCCAGUCUCCGACAUUGAAGUCUUUGAACUUCUGAUCAUCGAGCAGAUGUGCAAGGCGGAAGAAAAGGCUGCUGGAAACUCCCAAAUGGCACUGCCGGAGGACGUUGCGAUCAAGCCGGAACUGCCCAAAAGGGCAAACUCGAAACGCAAGGCUGACGCGAUCCAGCAGCAGCGAAAUCGGACCGUAGAAGCGCCGUUAAGGAAAUGGCCAGAGGUCGAUAUUCCUCAAGAAGAUUUGGACAGGUGGAACACUUUAGUGAUGCCGAAGCUGGGCAAGAUUCUAGAGACCGCACUGAAAGAUUCGCCUGAGUCCUGCAGCCUCAGCUUGAUGAUGUUCGGUCCUACUCCUGAGAACGCAAAGACAACCAUCUGUGUACAGUGCGCGCAAAUCAACAAGGUGCGCGACGUGCUGAGAAAGCGGUUCCGACCCAAGAAGGGCUGGGGUGUCGUCAUCCUCAACGGGGAAGUCAGGAGAAGCGGGAAGAAAAGAAAGCCCAGACGUUCGGGAUACAGCUCGACCAGCAAAAGCCGCCGAGCGGUGGCGCGAAAACCACGCGAACAGAAAUACCAGGAACGUCCUUCCAGUGGAGCCAGCAUUGGGGCUUUCAAAGACAGCGAACACCUGCCUCCAGUGUCCUUCGGUGGAACCAUCCUCGUGGAUGGCGAAGCCUUCGGGAUGACGGUGCAUCACAUGCUCGAUGUGCCGAGCGACGAUGAAGAAGGGGAAUGCGAGGUCAUCGGCCAGGAACAACCACGAAGAUCGGCAGCCCCUCGCAGCAUGCCCGGUCAAUUCGACGCUGCUGCUGACGUGCGCUUCAUGCAGUCGUCAGACGGAGACCUUUCCUCGGCCUCGCGGUUAUCCGACUUUGAAAUCUCCGACGACGAGUUCGACGGUAGUGGCAGUGACGACGACGGGAGCGACGCCAGCACCAUCCGCCCAGACUACGCGAUCAUGGAUGCGGACGGGAACGAGUUUUGGUUUCUGGAGGAUUCGCCGCCCGAACUCGAUGAGGACGGCGGAUCCUCCUCGUCCGACGAUGACGACGCUUCUUCCUCCUCGUCCGACGACGUCGACGACGCGGCUUCCAUAGGCGACAGGAUCGGUGUCGCGCCCUUCUCGGACGACGAUUUCACCGUGACACAGCCGGCCAUUGACGACGUGGACGACGACUUCUUUCCCACCGAGGAAGACCGAGACGACGACCAUCUCGCCAGCCAUACAUUCGGCUACGUCUUUGCCAGCAGCGGUAUCCGCCGCGUCAUCCGAGGCGACAUGAAACACGAAGUCGACUGGGCUUUAAUCCGAGUCAACCGCGAUCGGUUGCGGACUGAGAACGAGAUCCUUGGAGACGGUUGUGUAAUGUCGAAGCCUUCAAAUCCUCAGAGUCAAAGUCCUUCGCCACAAGGUCACUCUUCUGCCCCGAUUCUCACCACCGUGACCCCCCUCUCCAAGUUAUCCGGCUUACAAGUCCACUGCCGCGGACGCUCGUCCGGCUUUAAAAAGGGCCGCAUCUCGCAAGCCAUGGCUCUGGUCAAGAUGCACGGCCGCCAGUCCUUCUCCACGUCGUGGUGCGUCGAGGGCGGCUUCGGCAUCCCCGGCGACAGCGGCGCCUGGGUCUAUGAUCCUCUCACGGGAGGUCUGUGCGGCCACGUCCUCGCCUGGGGCGACAAGAGCAAGACCGCGUAUAUUGCGCCCAUGGAGGUUCUGUUCGAGGAUAUCCGAGGCCGUCUGGGCGCCAGGACCGUCGAGUUGCCUGUCCCUGGUCUCCAAGGAGAGGUGUGUCGUGACGGCACAAACAAGAAGGGGCAACAGGACCAAGCAAGAGGACUUGCGCCGGGUGUGGUUGACGGAGAUGUCGCUGCCAAGUUGAGGAAUCUGAAAAUCGAUAAGACUGUGGAUGAUCCUUGCGAGAAUGGAGCUGGAGCUGGAGCUGCUGUCACGAACACAAACACAAACACUAACACUAACACCAGUACCACCAACGGAAGCACAGUGAAAGUCUCGAAUUCGACCUCGAAUACCAUGAAACGAAAAGGCGUCGUGGGCGUCAGACAACUCGUCAUGGCCGGUGGCGUUUCGUGA